UUCUACCAUAGCUAACCAUAGGCAAGCGCCUAACACACAGUGUGCUAACAAUACAUCUAUCGCAUUCUGCAAAACCUGCACACAACCCCCCUCACGUCUGCAUUUUGCAGUCGUUCGCUAGCGGUCAUAUCUGUUUAUUUUUCCCAAUAGAGGGUUAAUGCUAGCACACAGUGGGAGAGCCGAAAAACGUAUAGCUGCAACAGCUGAGCGAGGCAAAGCAAUAAGGCCGCCGAGCUGUGCCGCCUGCAGUUUGAUGUGAGACACGUAGUGCAGGCAGCCAGUUCGGAGGGUGCUGGUGUAAUCCAAUGAAUGAAGGAAGCAUUAGGCUCUAGGUUGAGGCUCUGAAGAAAUGGUCAGCGAUUGGGCUAUAUCUGUGCCCAGGGAUGGGGGGGUGACAGGUUGUGUAUGUUUGUAUUUCUCGUAAGGAAUGACUAUACACACGCAGCCUGAGCAGCAGAAUGUGAUCCACCAUGCUGCUACAUCCUAGGGGGGACACUAUUGGUGACAUUGCUGAUAAUAAAGAUUGGGAGUCAUGCCUGCACAGUACGGUAAAACUUCUACCCCCACUGCAUGGAUAAGGACACUAUGCUCCUCGUAAACACGUCUGUGGCAUCCGAGGAUCCGUCCGGAAGACACAUUAAGUCUAGAUUGCAGACGGGGGGGCUCUUGGCGUUGUUGAUCUAUGGUUCGGUGGAGAGUUUGGUGACUUGCUGUCGGCGUGUCUCCGAGUAAUGGAGCGUGUCUCCGAGGGGAAGGUGAUCCAGACAGGAGUCCAGUGCUGAUGGAAUUCCCCUGUCCUCCUCUUCAUGCAGUGCUGUGGAUUGGGACAUCGCCGGAGAGUACAGGUUUCCUAUGGUUCGGCGGACUCCUAUACCAGCCGUCCAUCUGAUUCAGAUGUCUCUUUGGAAGAAGACAGGGAGGCCGUGCGGAGAGAAGCAGAACGUCAGGCCCAGGCACAGCUGGAGAAAGCCAAGAUCAAACCAGUUGCAUUUGCCGUCCGGACGAAUGUUGGCUACAGCGCAAAUCAUGAUGAUGAGGUUCCAGUUCCGGGAAUGGCUGUUUCAUUUGAGGCUAAAGAUUUUUUGCACGUCAAAGAGAAAUUUAACAAUGACUGGUGGAUAGGUCGGCUGGUAAAAGAAGGCUGUGAAAUAGGAUUUAUCCCUAGUCCAGUGAAGCUCGAAAAUAUGAGGCUUCAACAUGAGCAAAAGGCGAAACAGGGGAAAUUCUACACAAGUAAAAUCGGGGGAAACUCUUCUUCCAGUUUGGGCGAUGUGGUAUCUAGCUCUAGAAGAUCAACUCCACCAUCAUCUGCCAUAGACUUAGAUGCCACUGGCUUAGAGGCAGAAGAGAUUGAAAUUCCAGCAAAUCAUCGCUCCCCUAAACCCAGUGUAAACAGUGUAACGUCUCCCCACAUGAAAGAGAAAAGAAUGCCUUUUUUUAAGAAGACAGAGCACAUCCCUCCUUAUGAUGUAGUGCCUUCUAUGAGACCCGUAGUCCUAGUGGGGCCUUCUUUAAAAGGAUACGAGGUGACGGAUAUGAUGCAGAAAGCGUUGUUUGACUUUUUAAAACACCGAUUUGAAGGACGAAUAUCCAUCACUCGGGUCACCGCUGACAUCUCGCUUGCCAAACGUUCAGUAUUAAAUAAUCCAAGCAAACAUGCAAUUAUAGAAAGAUCCAAUACACGGUCAAGUUUAGCGGAGGUUCAAAGUGAAAUUGAGCGGAUCUUUGAAUUAGCAAGAAUGUUGCAGCUCGUAGUACUAGAUGCCGAUACCAUAAACCAUCCAACGCAGCUCAGCAAAACUUCCUUAGCCCCCGUCAUAGUUUAUGUCAAGAUUUCUUCCCCAAAGGUGUUACAGAGGUUGAUAAAAUCAAGAGGAAAAUCUCAGGCUAAACAUCUAAAUGUCCAAAUGGUGGCGGCUGACAAACUAGCGCAGUGCCCUCCGGAAAUGUUUGAUGUUAUAUUGGAUGAAAACCAACUUGAAGAUGCAUGUGAACAUCUAGCAGACUACCUAGAAGCUUACUGGAAGUCCACCCAUCCACCCAGCAGCCACCCACCAAAUGCACUCUUAUCCCGGACAUUAACUACAGCAACGCUUCCUGCAACCCCUUCUUCGGCCACGAAUGCACAGGGUUCCCAAGGAGAACAGAAAAAUGAUCCUCCAGCACCUGAAAGAACCGGGUCGGUAGAAGAGGACCCACCUUCUGAAGAGAAAGUGACGAGAAAGUCUCAGCACCGAUCUUCCUCUUCCGCACAGCACCACAAUCACCGUAGUGGAGUAAGCAGAGGCCUCUCCAGACAAGAAACAUUUGAUAAUGAAACACAGGACACCAGAGACUCCGUUUACCUAGAGCCAAAGGAGGAUUACUCUUCCGAGCACGCUGAUCCUCAGGAUUCCCACCGGGAUCACAAUCAUAGAGACGAAUCCCAUGGAGGUAGUGAACAUAGACACAAAGAGUCUCGACAUCGGACACACGACCAAGACAGGGAGCAGGACCACAAUGAAGGCAGUAAACCGCGCAGUCGUCACAAAUCCAGAGAACGACAUAGCGAAAGGGACGGAGAAGUUUCCAGGAAACGCAAUGACAAUGAGUGGAACCGGGAGGUUUACAUCCGUCAGUAACUUUGACACCUUUCUAUGUGUUGACUUUUUUUUCUUCAAUCUUGUAUAAGACCCUCUACGAAUUGUUUCAACCUAAGCUGUAAAACAUCUAGCUUUUUCCUUCUUGUAUUUUCUAUGUUGUUCUUCUUUUUCUACAAUUUUUCUUUUCUUUUUGGCUAUUGCCGAUACGGCACAAGCAUAGGAUCUUCUUAUUUUUACUCUUUUUUUUCAACUUUGAAUUGCCAUGGUUCCUCUACAGAUCUAUUACCAAACCAUGUGUUUAGCCGUUUUCUGUGACAACCACUUGAAUGCUGUAUGUUGCCAUCAAGAUAUUGUUGCUGUUCUAAAGCAAGUGAUGAUGUUUUGUAACCUCCUAUUUUUAGAAGAAACCUAUUUUGGGCAUAAAAAAAUAUGGUGAUUUCACUUUUAUUUUCCUUCCAUAUGUGUUCCACUUUUGCACUGUUAGAUUCUCUAUAUUAAUAAUAUGUUGUGGCUGCAAAAGUGAUAUCAGACUUGUGAAGAGACUACUAAAACAUUGCAUUUAUUUUUGUAUUUUUAGAAUGCACCCACCUACUUUGAAUGUUGAUUUCAAAGCCACUAUUUAUUUUAUUUUUUUAUGUGUUUUUUUUUUCCGGCCUCCCGUCUUCUACGUUUUGAGAGCAGAGUUAAAUAUUGCCUUAUACUCACAAUGUUUCAGAUGAAUUUUCUAUGUAAUGUUUCUCUCUGUUGGUUAUUGUUUUUGUUUUUUUCUUAGCCCUGCAUGGUUAAUCCUUUGACUGUACAGCGUUGUAUGUUUUUACAUCAUGCUUUAAUAGUCAGUGACUGGAAUUAGCAUGGAGACAUAAGUGUUAGGACUCUUUCAAUUUUUUAAUAGAAGAUAUAUAUAUAUAUAUAUAUGUAUAUAUAUAUAUAUAUAUAUAUAUAUAUAUAUA